UCCUCAUCAUCCUUCCAACAUCUACGUUCGCAGUACUGCAUGAUACACUCUUUGACACAAUGGCGAUCUCAGACUACCACACAUGGAUUGGUCUCGAACUGACAACGACCUUCGACGCCUCUGCUGUGCGAAACGUCGUUACGACCCUGUUCCUGAUUUUGAACUUCCUCAUAGCCUUCACAGGCGAGCGUCUGAUUAUGCGACAUGGCCAACGAAAACUGCUCAACAAGAAAACCGUUCGUGUUACCGAUCUCUCGCCGUUUUUGCCAGUCAUCUCCGUAUUGAAAACCUCAUGGGCAUUAAAGCGACUACCCGGGGGACUCUUUGGCCUCCUCAUGAUCGCGAGUGGAUUGUUCGGGUUGUCGGGUCGUUUCUUGGUCAACUCUUUCAUCGAUGGUGAACUUGUGGCUCUUAAUUGCACCUUUACUGAAGGAGUCGUGACAACAGAAAGAAUUGGCAGCAGUCCCGGCUACUUUACUCCGUCAGCGGCAUGGGCAGCAACGGCUUUGGUUCGAAGAGCUCAACAAGCGGCCGCCGAGAACAGUUACACUGCCCCCAAUGGUACUUGCAGCACUGGUGUCUACUCCAAGGUCCAUAACAAUGUCACCAUCUUCUGUCCCACAGACCAAGAUGUGCUUGGAAACUGGAACUGCGUAGCACACCCUCCAUCAAUCGUCACGCCCUUGGACCGAACCAACGACUCCACGAUAUCGAACUUUGCCAGCUCAUCAACGUUUUUAUACAGUGCCCAACAAAACGAGGCGGGCAGACAAGGUCCCGAUGGAGGUUACUCUGACUUAAUGGCCUGGAGCGCCAACGAUACCCUCACCUCUCUCUCCACCCUCAGUAUCAGGAUCUCCAUGGCCGCAGGCUUAGACGCCACUCAAUCUGUCAACACAAGUAACUACCAAUGCGAACUCGACAUCACGAACCCCACUUGGUCUCCAAGCGGCAUCGACACCUCCUGGGUCAUCAAAGAAUGGGCCGACACAAUGCUCGGCUCACUCCUCGAUAUGGAUCCGUACUACUACUCCUUCGAAAUGUCGCUCGUUCUCAACGCCGUCACGAUGGUUUCCGGAUCAGCGAACUCCCUGUCUUGGCAACUGUCCGACGCUAUCGACUCGGGCGCAGGUUCGACUUUUGGGUGUAUGGAUUAUCGAACCGUGGCGCAUCCGCAGGUUUUCGCUAUUAUUUUGGUGCUGAUUUUGAUUACGGUUGUGCUGGGAGCGGUAAAUCUGCUGGAGAUGUUAUGGAAUAGGAAGAGUGAGUUUCAGAAGGUGGUAGGGAGUCUGCCGAUUAGUUUGUUGGAGUGGCAGUUGGCAUUAACCAAGAAGAUGGUUAAUGAUGAUGCGGUGCAAGAGAGGGAUUUGAAGGCGUGUGUUUAUGAGUUUGAUGAGAGGGAGAGGGUGGUGAAGUGUACGCGGGCGGAGAAUGUUGGGAAGAAGCGCGCGAAGGUUUAUGAGAAGGUGGAGAUGGUGAAUGGUGAUAAGAUCGAGGAGAAGAACGGUAAUUCGUGUACUUAUGUUUGGAAUGCGGAGUAUAAGACGGUUGAGUGUCGGAAGAGGAGUAGCGAUGAGGCUGUGACUAGCUACUCCGACCUCAGCAUUCCGAAACGCAACACGAUUGUGACUUCGACACCGAUGUAAGAAUAGGUUGCCGGGAGUAUAAAUCGUCCUUUCCUUGGAUGGAAUUGGUAAUGAGGUUCGAUAUCGGUAUGGAAAUAAUGGCUUUGUAUUACUAUGUUCGGAGUGGAGGGUCGGGAAGAGGGCGUUCGGUACGGUGCAGUACCUUUUCAGAUAGAUUCUUUGGUUUAAUUUCGAAAUAAG